AUGCUUCGCGACAUCAUCAGCGUUGACGCGUUCGUGGUGAACCUGCUUCACCAGUUUUCCUGGUUGCCCAUGAGAAACGUGUUUCAGCUCGGGAAAGGUGGCUUCUUCGCAGGUAAUGUGACUGUGGCCGACAUGUUUCUCUACCUGGGCGAGUCGCUGCGCAUCCAGUUCGACGUACAGGAUUGCAUAGUGGUCGCAUCAAUCCACAUUAUUCGGCUUCUGGAAGAGGUUCUUGCAAAGUUUAGCACGACCCAAUUGAACAGGUACGUGCAGUGGUCGGGACUGAAGCGGAUCUUGCCCAUCGCCUAUCCGUCUAUCAUGGCGCCAGUGGAGCUUCGGCACUUCUACUGCUACACCAUGCUGGAACGGUUGCUGCGCUACGCGCUGUCUAGAAGGUUCCUGGAAAGCGUCGUGGUGCCCGAAGGUCGCGCGACGCGCGAAGCCUCGACCAUGAUCAGUGUCAUUCUACGAUCGGCUCUUUCAUUCGUCGACGACAAUAGCUGGAUGAGUAUGGGCCAGAAGGUCGGCAUUCAUCUAGAGCUUGCCAAGAACAUCCGAGUCUUGGGCUACCCUGACUUACAAGACCUUGAUUGCCUGCAUGAGUACUCUGAGAACGUGAGCAGUGCCAAUGCCCUUCUGUCUUGGGCGGCAGCGGCGUCGACAAUCAGGGCAUGCCAGCUGAGCAGGACUUCGUCGUCUGGUCUUACCUUGUACCCAAUGAGCACGGAUGUGACGUUUAGCUCGCAAGCACACACGCUGUCCGUGCCCGCGGUGUUGUUGAUGCCACCUUUCUUUGGCUCCGAGGGCCUUCCUGGCAUCAACAAUGGGGCCCUGGGUUCGGCCGCAUCCAGCGCACUCAUGGGACUCCUGGCGGUCUCUUUGUCAAGGGGCCAACAACUUUCGGGGACAGACGACAGUGGAGGCGGCUUCAGCAGCCGAUUAGAAUGCUUGAAAAAGUCCUACCAGGAAGAUAUGGGAGCCAACCUGGGCGCGUUAAACGAGAUGGCCGCGCUGGCAGAUUUCGUAGGCUUACUGCCAGCCUAUCGGGCCUUCGUCUCAACGGCGUCCGCGCAGCGGCUGAAGGGCCUCGAAUGGAUGACCGAAGAGCAGCUGUUCUUCGUGGCCUUCUGCUACCAGCAGUGCGAGAAUGUGGGUGACCAGCGGUCCUCCACGGCCCCCUUCCGCUGCAACGUGCCCCUCAAACACACGCCGCAGUUUUCGGACGCUUUCAACUGCUCGACUGGAUCUCCGAUGGUUUCUCCCGAGCGGUGCACUUUCUGGGACGAAGAUUGGUCGAGAUCCGCGGCGCUAAUCCAGACGAAGUCAUUGUCAUCUCACUUGGGCGCACCGAGGCCAUCCCACUAUUGA